AUGUCGCACUCAACCCUCCCACGUCUGGGCAUGUCGCACUCAACCCUCUCACGUCUGGGCAUGUCGCACUCAACCCUCAUCGUCUCUGGGCAUGAUGCACUCAACCGUCCCGUGUCUGGGCAUGAUGCACUCAACCGUCCCGUGUCUGGGCAUGAUGCACUCAACCGUCCCGUGUCUGGGCAUGAUGCACUCAACCGUCCCGUGUCUGGGCAUGAUGCACUCAACCCUCCCGUGUCUGGGCAUGUCGCACUCAACCCUCCCGUGUCUGGGCAUGAUGCACUCAACCGUCCCGUGUCUGGGCAUGAUGCACUCAACCCUCCCGUGUCUGGGCAUGUCGCACUCAACCCUCCCGUGUCUGGGCAUGAUGCACUCAACCCUCCCGUGUCUGGGCAUGUCGCACUCAACCCUCCCGUGUCUGGGCAUGAUGCACUCAACCCUCCCGUGUCUGGGCAUGAUGCACUCAACCCUCCGGAGCUGCAACAAACCUGCCAUAUUGGCUGA